AUGGGCCAUUCUUUGUCUAAGGAGGCGUCAUUCGUUAAGGAAUUAAAGGCCUCCCUCAGAGAGAGAGGAAUUCGGGUUAAGAAAAAAGACUUGGUAAAUUUCUUUCUUUUCAUUGAUAAAGUAUGUCCUUGGUUUAUGAUAGAUGGUCCUACUAUUCAUCCUAAGAAAUGGCAAAAAGUUGGUAGAGAACUCAAUCAAAAACUUGCUGCCGAAGGAAACGAUGCCCUGAGUCCCACAGUCUUCUCGUUCUGGGGAAUAAUUAGAGAUAUUGUUGAGGAUGCAGACAAUGAUACUGACAACCGCCAACUCCUUUUGGUUGCUGAAUUUUGUCUCGCUUCCUCUACUCAAAACUCACCAGUGGCCUCUCAGCCUCCCUCUCGGCCUCCUUCUUGCCCCCCCUCUCGUGCCUCUGCGUCACUUUCCCUAAUUGAUGCUUCUGUUUCCAAUCCCUCUAGUCUUCCUCAACUCUAUCCCCCCCCCCUGCCCUCUGCUAGUGUUUAUGAACCUCCACCCUAUAAAUCUCCUCCUCUGAUUAAUCCCGUUCUCAAAAAGCCUAAGCCUAAGAUCUCUCCGCUACCCCCUCAGCCUCUUCCCUCUCAAGAUACUGACCCCCUCGAUCCUGGAGAUGCCACAACUUUCGAGGACGAGGCCGCCCAUUAUCAUGAUGACGAUCCCCCGCUUGCCUCUGCUCCCCCUGCACCUUUCCCCGCUACUGUUCCUCCUACUCUGCCAACCUUCCCAACUAUUCCUUCGACUUCCCUUUCAGAAAUUCGAUCUCGCCUCUCCGCCCAGGUCAGGGACCUUACAGAAAUUCACCAUCUUCAACAGCAACUCUCCUGCCUUACAACUCGCUGUUCAGCCUUUACAAACCCUUUUCCUUCCAUACCUCCAAUUCUGCCUCCUCCUGAACCUUCUCCGGUCAACCCUCCGAUCAAUCCUGCCUCGACUCAAACCCCUCCCCAGCUUGCCUUUCCUGUAACCACCCGCUCUCAGACUUGUCAAGACCGACGGUCUGGGUCUUUGGCCGCCCCUCGCGCCUCUACCCCUCUUUCAACUCCCCUUCCCCAGUCUGAGGCUGACGGCUCCUUUGGCGAGAGUGAGACUGAUGAUAAUGAGGACGAGGGAAUAGUAAACCGUGACUCCCCCGUGGGCGAGCCCGGUGAUUAUCGCCGGCUUCACUUCAAAAAAUUAGAAAAACUUAACUCAGCUGUCAGGACUUAUGGGCCCAACGCUCCCUUUACCAUUUCCCUGUUGGAAAGUAUGGCGGAGGGAGGCUUCCUAACUCCUGGUGAAUGGCUGACGGGAAAAUAUGCCUCAGAGCAGGUACAACAGGGCUUUCCCUUGGGGCUCCUGGCCCAGGCCCAUGGUGCUGCAUUGGCAGCUUGGCGUGCUAUCCCUGUAAAAGGAUCUGUUCUCUCACCUUUAACUAAAAUUAUCCAAGGAAGUAAUGAGGAUUACUCUGAGUUUUUUGGUCGCCUCUUAGAGGCGGCUGAGAGAACAUUGGGACCAGAUAAAAUUGAACAAAAAGAAAACAAACUUCUCAAACAAUUGGCAUUCGAAAACGCAAACUCUGCCUGCAAGGCUGCCCUCCGGGGCAAACAUAAAGACAAAGACCUUCCUGAUAUGAUCCACUUGUGCCAAGAGGUGGACACUUUUACACAUAAAAUGUCUCAGGCCAUUAAUCUGGUUAUGGGAGCACCCGCACAGCCUAGCGGCUCCAAAUUUUCCUGCUGUAAAUGUGGACAAACGGGCCAUUUUGCACGCCAGUGUCCACAGCAGGAGGCUUCAGGCUUGCGCCCACAAGGCCAGCCUCAAGCCUUGAGCCAGACAGGGGCUACUCGGCCCCUACCCACAACAGUCUGCCCUCGCUGCCGUCGUGGUAAACAUUGGGCUAAUACUUGCCGCUCCCAAAUGGAUAUCUCAGGCAACCCCCUCCCUCCCAGGGCGGGAAACAUGUUGAGGGGUCAGCCCCAGACCCCUCAACCGAUCAAUUUCUUGCCGGCCUCAGGGAUAAGCCAGCCAUGCCACGAUCAGGUUCCAAUACAGUCAGUGCCAGGUCAGUCACCUGCCUUCGCAGGGCAACCCCCGGGAGUGCAGGAUUGGACCUCUGUGCCUCCGCCGACUCAAUUCUAA